UUUUUGUUAAUGCAGAAGAUUGUGCUGAAGCUGGAUUUGCAUGACGACAAAGCCAAGCACAAGGCUUUCAAAACAGUCUCAACUCUUUCAGGAAUUGACUCCAUUGCCAUGGAUAUGAAAGCGAAGCAAUUGACGGUGAUCGGAACGGUUGAUGCUGUGAACGUGGUGAGCAAAUUACGCAUGAACUGGUCGACCAGUGUAGUGGCGGUCGAGCCAGCGAAGGUGCCGGAGAAGAAGGGAGAGCCAAAGAAGGAAGAGCCAAAGAAAGAAGAGGAACCCAAGAAGUAA